ACCUGAACCAGUGAAACUGCAGAUGCCUCGUAUCUCACUCUCAUCUCUUGGUGUGGACUUAGUCUGGGGUCCAAGAGAAGCAGAGAUUACCAGAGGUCACAGCUUUACCCUCAUCUGCUUUAUUCCUGGUGAAGUUCCUCAGGGUAAUUUUUUCCUGUUAUUCUCUGGCCACACCACAAGAGAAAACCGCUCAGCUGUCGACAACUCGGCCUCCUUCACCUUUCCCGUGGCAGAGUUUAAACACCAGGGUAGCUACAGCUGUGAGUACGAGGUCAACUCAUCUUCACUCACGUUCACCUCUCCUGAGUCAGCAUCCAUCACUCUUGUUGUUAAAGAGUCCCUGCUGCUGAUCUUGUUGAUAUCAGGUGGAAUCUGUCUUCUCCUGCUGUUCAUUGUGUUAUUGGUCUGCUUGGUCAAAAGGAGAAAAAAAAUAAGGAAUUCUAUGGCCCUUUCCCAUGCUCAAAGGUCUCCUAGAGAGAAUGGUGGAGACUAUGAGGAAGAUUAUGAAAAUCUUCAAGAAACAUGCAUUCCAGCUAAGUUCACAAAGGAAUCACAAGAAGAAGAAGAUGACAGUAAUGAUUAUGAGAACGCAAUACCAGAAACUGGUUCACAAUAUGGUAGAAACGGUAGUGUGAGUGCUAAGAGUGAAAGUCAAGAGGAGGAAACGGAUGAAGAAGAUGAAGAAACCACUGAUGAUGAUAAUGACUAUGAGAAUGUAACUGUACAUUUCAAUCGACCUGAUGAGGAUGUAUAUAUAGAUCCACUAUUUGAUAGGAGUAAUGAUUACCCAGAAUUUGAUCUAAAAUCCCAGAAAGAGCGUAUGAGGGCUAAGAGUAAAAGUCAAGAGGUGAAAAUGGAUGAAGAGGAUGAAGACACCAGUGAUGAUGAUGAUGAUGAAUAUGUGAAUGUAACAACAAUUUCAACUGGCUUUUGAGACACAGUCAAACUUUUGAAUGGCUUAGUGCAAUCUAAAAUAUAACCUGGUAAAUUUUCAGGAUCAGAAAUAGAGGCCAACAACGACCACCAGAUGGAGAUCAAGGGUUUUAUGGUAUUACUUUUAUGGUAUUUCGAGGCUUCAUGCUAUAGAAAAAAAAUAAGAUGACCAAGGUACGAUCUUUAAUGAGAUCAAAGUUCAAUCAUUAUGUGCCCUAAUAUAACACACUCAUUUUUUAGGCCACAAAGAAUGAAACAAAAAAGUUGAGAUUCUUCAUGAUUCUUUCUGCCCAUACAUCUUUGGUGAGUCUUGGGAGUUGUAUGAAUGAGAUUAAAGAAUCAAACUAAGACCAUGAGUGGCACUUCUCACAUUUUUAUUACACAUGCACAGUGUGAUUCCAGAAAGAAUUAUUAAUCAUCCCGGUAUGCUCUGGAUUUUUGGUGCUUGUUGGUAUGGGUAAUUUUUUAUUUAUUUAUUUGUUUUUUAUGAUGAUGCUCUGAAUAUGUUUGGAUUUCUUGAUUGAUUUGGAUGAUUUCUCUGAUCGUCUGAGUAUAUUUAGAUUUGUGGUACUGAUUAAUAUAAAUGACUUGUCUGUGGAUGUUUGAAAUUUAAUUACAUCACUGAUCUUAAGGAUCCUUAAUAACUUGAAUCUAUGAUUGUUGGGUUAAAAUAUUUGAUAUUAAGUCCUGAACCGGAGGUUGAUAAUUCAUGUAAGAAAACGGUAAAGAGCAGCCCCCAUUGGUUUUCACGACUAUAUCACGGCUGGAGCACGGAAAAAAUGUCAUCCCCAUGGUACAGGUCUGUUCACAGUGGACUGCUAGUGCAACGGCUGAGAUAUAUCCGUGGGAUUGAUGCGCAAAAAGGCGGUACAAAAUUAGGCCACUGUUACACACUGAAAAAUGUUAGAACUGCACAAUAAUUUGGACCGCAGGUGACUGUGUGUGGUACCAGAGUUACAGCUGUGGAACAGCAGUGCCAGUGCAAGAUUGGGCUGUAGAGCAAACACCGACACACGGUUGGACGACAAAAUUUUGCAUUCUUGCACGGCUGUAGCACGGCCGUUUCCCCGGCCAGUCUGCAUGUGUACCACUGUUUACAGCGUCUGUUUAGCAGCUGAUCGAGGGAGGACGCGCUUACACACGAUAUUGCAGUGCUCUGGCAGUGGAAUGGACUCCUGCGUCUGUAUCACUGCUAUUCCACAAACAUGCAUUUGUUGAUCAAUUUUGACCAAAAGUUAGCGAAUCUAAUCGAGAGUGGCAGGUUUUCCAAAUUUUUUACCCGUGAUAUGGCCGUCAAAUCUUGUGGGACCGGACCUUACGGUCAAACCGGGAUAGGAUUAUAUAAGUUCCCUUUUAAAUGAUCAACUGGUGAGUGAUUAUGUAAGAAUUUUUUUAUGUAUUAUUACCUGAUUGCUUGAAAUAAACCAUUUCAAUGAU